AUGGCAGGGCAGAUGGGCCGACGAGUGAGGACGUCUGGCCGAAACGAGAUACGAAACGAAGCAAAUCGCGCCUCUUCAGACACCUCCGUUGGCUGCAAGACUUGCCACGGCCUACAGCCUGGGCUUAACCUACCUGCGUGGAAACCUGCCAUCGAGGUGAUUUAUUCUGAAAUACACUCUUUCUCUCCAUUUAUAUACAUACAUUUUUGUCCCAUAUGCCCAAACACUCGGCGUCAAUACGGCCAAGACGUGGCUUCGAUCAGGUUGUGA